CGCAACCCCGCGGCCCGGCCCGGCCCGGCCCGGCCCGGCCUUGGCCCGGCCCGGUCCAGCUAUGGCGCACUCGGCGCCUCUCGGCCUCCUGGAGCAGGGCUGCCCCAUCCAGGUGGAGCACGAUCGGAAGCGGCGGCAGUUCACCGUGCGGCUGAACGGUUGCCACGACCGAGCAGUGCUGCUCUAUGAGUACGUGGGGAAGCGCAUUGUGGACCUGCAGCACACCGAGGUGCCGGAUGCCUAUCGGGGAAGAGGAAUAGCCAAGCACCUCGCGAAGGCAGCCCUGGACUUUGUAGUGGAGGAGGACCUGAAAGCUCACCUGACGUGCUGGUACAUUCAGAAAUACGUCAAGGAGAACCCGCUGCCGCAGUACCUGGAACACUUGCAGCCUUAAGAUGGGACUGCUCUGACACCAGCACUCCUGUUCAACGCGGCCUUCGCUUCCCUGCGGUCUCAGGAAACCCCCUCCCACACUCACAAUUCCCAUUUUUUUAAGCGUGUCUAUGUGGUGCACAGACGUGGGCACAACCUCGUCUUCCCUGCCCAUGUCUGAGCAUGGCUGUGGCCACAGGCCAGGCAGACUCUGGGCACACAUGCCCCCCCCGGUGCUCUUUGUCCCAAGCCAGGAGCAGGAAGAGGAUGAUUUUCCCACCAAACUUCACGACAAAACCAGGGGAUACAUCCACACCUCAUCCUCUCUCCUCUGUUUGGCAACAUUUGUGAACUUGCUGGGUGAUGUUGUUUAGGGGAGGCUGUGGGGUAUCAGCCCCAUUUCCUUCUGCAGCUGUGGAUUAAACCUCAAGGACCAGAAGGAGGUGCUGGAGGAGCCCCAGCCCUGUGGGGUGGCAAUGAGACUACAGAGGCUGUGGUGGUGGCACCAGGACUGGCUGCAGGGAUGCUGGGAUGCUGAGAUCUCUGCAUCUGGAGAAAGGAGCUCUAUGAGGAUUGGUCUUUGUCCACUGCAGCAAAGCGUGAAGAGCGUGUGCAUGAAGAAGUGAUUCAGCUGAGUUGUGGAUGCUUCUCUCUGCAGGUGCCAGCUCCUGCCCAGCCUUCUGGACAUUGCCCCUCAUGGCUGUGGACUGUCAUUCUGCUCCCUGCUGCAGCAGACACAGCUUGCCCAGGAGAAAAGCGCCCACCAGGGUGGUUUCCUGCAGCUGAAGAGGAAGGCUCCUCCCAUCUCCCUCAGCUCCAGCCCUGCACCCAGCCUGUGCCCCAUACCGUGAGUUCCAAGCCAUCAUUGCAUCCUGAGAGCAGUGGGGGUAAAGCCACCGGAACCUGGUCCCCUCUCCAGGGCUCAAUGCUUGAGCCGCCUGCCCUGGCAUGGCUGCUGUUCACUGCUCCCCAUGGCUUUUGGGAAGCAGCUGUGCCACAGGGCACUGCCUGCCUGCUCACCACCACCUUGCAGCUGUGAGCCCAGGUGCUGGCAGUGUGGUGGAACAUCCUUGCCUUGUGCCAUUACCUCUGCAGAUGAUGACACUGUAGCAUGGUGCAGCGUUGCCGCUGUCAGAUGUAGAGGUAAUGGUAUGAUGGCAGAGUGCUGCCUGGCUCCUGUUUGCCCCUUCUCCUGCCUCACACAGGAUUUACUGGGCUAGACCUUCAGAGGUUUUCCCCCCAGGCUGUUAAGAUUUUGCAGUGCUCUGGGGCUGGGCUGCAGGGGGACAGCUGGCAUGGGCUCAGCCAGCAGCCAGGCAGCAGGAGAUAAGGAGCCUUUCACCUGGAGGCCAGAUCCAAACCCAGUUUAUCUCUUAGCAGGGACUAAAGUUUACAAUCUGUGCCACAGACUGAAUGAAUCCUUGGCCGAGCAAUGGCUCAGCCCUUUCCCAGAGCCAGUGCAGACUCCAUGGAGGCAACAGCAAAACGUUUGAGUAAAACUCUCGAGCUCUGUCCCUGCCCCAGCACUGUGGGACCCCUGCUUGUCGGCACCGUGCACCUCAGCAGAGACCUGUGCCCGGCUGCUGCCCCGUUGCCAGCUCAUGCCGCUCAGGAAAGUUCUUGAGCUCAGCCCUGCCCCUGCCCCACGUCUCUGCUCCUUUUCUGCCUAUUUCAACCCAGCUCCAGCCUUCGGGAUGGCUUUGAGGGACUGGGAGAGGGUCACAGAUAAUGAGCUAAAGAAGAUACCUGGGGUGCUAAAUGUUCACUCCUUAACUUGCAAACACUCUUUAGCAUUUGGUUCCAGGAGCAAGGCUAGCUCUGUUAUAGCCAAGUGAUGACAGAACCAUUCUAAAGUGAAGCUGAGCCAUCUCCUGCAAGCCAAGAUGCCAUUGUAUCUGUGCUGCAGCAGGGCUGUGUGCUCAAGGAGAUCUGUGCCUAGUUGCCUCCUGGGAGCAAUGGUGCAAGUGCAGUGCUGCACUCGAUGCUGGUUUGGUUCUGGUUCCCACUGUGGCAGUUCCCAGAAGUUUUUGUUGCUGGAGGAUGCGCCAGCAGGGCCUAGUGUCCCAGCCUGGCUCCCAUGCUGCUCUAGCAGCAUCCCCGUGCUUCCUGGUGCUGGAUCACAAGUGGCAAUCGCUGCCUUAAAUCAGGCACAGCACUUGGUUUUGCUGCUGCUUCCCUUUGAGGUGCUACAACCCCUCCAGUUUCUGACCUGACAGAGAUGUGCCAGGUUCCGUGCCAACUGUUUUACUGCUGUACCUGUUCUUCUGCCUCAGCCCCACAGCGUUUGAUGUCAGCAAAUAGCAAUACCCACAGGUCACCAGCAGUGCUGCCAUCCCUUGUUCUCCCGUGAAGCACUCCCAGCUCACCCCUGCAGGAAGGAUCUUCCUGAGCCCUGGGCUGCCCCUUGGUGCUGACUGAGCCUGGAGGAGCUGGGAUCCUGGACUCUGUCCAGCAAUGGGAGUGUAGAAGUGGUUCGGUUGAACAGUGAGGUCCCAAAACCCAUUUGAACUACAGACUUCAGUGGGUGGGGAAAUACACAUUGCUGUCAAACCUGCUUCCAUAUCUCUCAACUUGAAACACCCCCUCCCUUCUCCACUUUCCAGCAUUGUCUUCCUCUGUCCAAGGUUUCUGUUGUGUUGAAUUCAGUGGUUACGAUGUGCCUUUCCUUCUCAGGACCUGUUACAAAUGACCUUUUUGCUUUUGUUUAUGUCUAACAUUGAUCUUUAUCCUUUCCUCUGUCAUACUAUAAAACACAAACAUAUUGCAUGGAUUACAAUAAAAAGUGUGGCUUAGCUGA